ACGAAACAGUACACCCGCUUACCCUAUUUCUCAUGAAUGAACUCCCUGUCUCUGCUUGCUUCUAGCCUUCUAUUGACACUGAUGCCCAAUUGAUGUUAAAAAUGCUGUUAAGAACCAUCAGAGAUAUAAAAAAUGGGGGGAAAAUGGGUUUCUCGAGUGUCCUUAGAAGAUCUUUUUCUGUUCGGAGCAGAACUGUAGUAGACAUGGGGGAUAAAGAUGGAGAACUGAGAGUGUUCAUGGUUGCUGGGGAGGUUUCAGGAGACUCUAUUGCUUCUCGCCUUAUGGCUUCUUUGAAGAAGCUCUCUCCUCUUCCCAUUCGUUUUUCUGGCGUUGGAGGGCCCAGGAUGUCCAAGGAAGGAUUGGAAUCUUUGUUCCCUAUGGAGGAUAUUUCAGUGAUGGGGAUGUGGGAAUUGUUACCACAUCUUAACAAGUUUAGAGUAAGGUUGAAGGAAACAAUUGAGGGUGCAAUUUUGUUUCAGCCUCAUGUUGUUGUGACUGUGGAUUCCAAGGGGUUUUCUUUUCGUCUUCUAAAGCAGUUGCGAGCUAGAUAUGAUUGGCAAGAAUUGAAUGGUCCUCUGCAUUUUCAUUAUGUGGCGCCUUCGUUUUGGGCGUGGAAAGGGGGAGAAGCAAGGCUCAAAGGCCUGGCUAAUUUUGUGGAUCACAUCUUAUGCAUACUCCCUAAUGAGGAAGCAGUUUGCAAGUUAAAUGGAUUAGAUGCAACCUUUGUGGGCCAUCCUGUCCUGGAAGACAUUUUUGAAUUUAAUUUGGGAAAGCAAGCCUCACCGCAUGACCUUAAGAUAGAAGGAAAUUCUGAAGAUUUCCGAAGGAAAUAUGCAUUAUCUUCAGAAGUUGCAUCUUUGGAAGGUGCUGCGGUCAUUUCCUUGCUUCCUGGAAGCAGAUUGCAAGAGGUCAUUCGGAUGCUUUCCAUCUUUGCACACACUUUUGAUCAGUUAAAAGACUCCAUUCCUGAAUUAAUUACCGUGAUCCAUGUGGCUCCUAAUCAGCAUGUGGAGAAUUACAUUGAUGGAGUGAUUCGUAAGUGGCCUGUGCCUGCUAUAUUGAUUCCUGGGGGACAUCAACACCUGAAAUAUGAUGCGUUCAGUGCCAGCAGGAUUGCAUUGUGUACUUCAGGAACAGUGGCGAUGGAGUUGCAGCUUGCACGCUUACCAUGUGUCGUUGCCUAUCGAGCCCAUAUCCUAACUGAAUGGUACAUUCAAUAUAAAGCAAAGAUACCUUACAUUUCUCUUCCCAACAUUCUCACAGAUUCAGCUAUAAUCCCUGAGGCUCUCUUUCAAGCAUGCACACCUACAAAUCUAGCCUCAUUGCUUAUGAAACUAAUGCAUAACAAGAGACUUCAAGAAGAACAGAUUGUUGCUGCCGAAAAUGUAAUAAAACUUCUGUUUCCUUCAGAAAGAAUUAUAAACAACUUGGAAGAACAGAUGGGAUGGAAAUUUCCAAAUUGCACCCCAAGUAUGAUAGCAUCAUCCACUAUCCUAAGCCAUGUAAAAUCAUGAGGAUUAAUUUACCUAACAUUGUUGUUUAAGUUUAAAAUGUCGAGCAAGCGGCUGAAGUCAUGAAGGAGUAGUUUUAAGCUGAACUUGCUAUUUUGAAUGUGAAACUUCUAGGAUAAAUUUCAUUGUCAUUCUUCACUCUGAAAUAUACAGUGUGUUUUUUAGGUUCCAUGUAUACACAUUAAUUUCAAAUUUUCAAUAUUGCAAAUUCAGGCUGAGUUUAUAUAUGCUUAAAA